AUGGGGCUUCACCAGAGCAUGGCGUCCUCGCCGGACAAGGACCGUGAGAAGAAGCUGAAGUCGCUGCUCUCCGACCUGGGACGCGCCACCAUGCGCGGCGUGCGCAAGUGCCCCCAGUGCGGCACUCUCAACGGCACGCGCGGCAACUCGUGCAAGAACAAGUCAUGCAACGUCAAGUUCCGCGAGAAGUCGACCGAGGUCAAAUCCAAGUCGGCCUCCAAGCUGAGCACGGGCUCCUCACAACAGAUGCUGUUCUCGGUGCGUGUGCGCGAGUCGGGCCCGGAGAUGCGCGGCUUCGUCCAGCUGCCGGACCCCGUGCAGAGCCUGGGCGGCGACACCGAGUCGCCAUGCUGCCACGUCGCCUCCUGUCAGAAGAGCACCACCCAGGCAAUACCGCUGAUGCUCAAGUACUCGGUACUCAGCAACCGCGAGGACCUGGCCGGAGUGCGACAUCACCUGUGGAACCUGGCGACCGAGACGAGCGGGCCUCUGGUGCAGCGGGUCUCGCGCUGCUACCUGGUGGUCAAGUGCAAGCCUACCCGUCAGUUCCCGCUCGGCUACCUGCACGCCUACUUCUCGCCCACCAUCAGCGGCAAGUCGGCGGCCACCGAGACGGACCAGCGCUUUUUCUGCCCCUGCUCCACCUUCAGGCACUCGUCCGGUCACAGCGAGUCGCGCCGCUGCAUCCACGUGUACGCCUGCUUCUGCGCCUUUCUCAGCAGUGAGACGCUCCGCCACGAGUUCGAGUACUUCGUCAACCUGGACGAGCGGGCCCGUCUGAAGCACAACUCCUCGGUGCCGCUGCUCAGCGAUCUGGUGGAUGCGACCGAGGCGACCGACUCGCUGCCCGUGUUGGACGUGAGCGCCGUGUCGGCCGCCGGCGACAUGUGCGAGGUCGAGGUCGAGGUGCUCGAGGAGUCAGCCAUACUGCAGGCGGCCGGCCUGCACGGUCUGGAGUACAGCGACGAGCCGCUGCGGGUGGAGACGGGCGACGAGGGCGGCCUGACGCUGCAGCUGCACGGCCGGCCGACGGGCGAACUGCAGGCGAGCACGGCCCUGCUCACCCUGCAGCAGCACAGCCGGCGACCCGCCAAGCUGCCCCGGCUCACGUCCGAGAGCGAGUCCUCCCUCACCACGGGCUUCUACGACUGGCUGGGCGGCGUGACGGAGCGCAUCAACCAGACCAUGCACUUCCAGUGCGACGGCCGACCCGAUCCACUCGUCUUCCACGUGCCGCAUACGUUCUUCGCCGCGCUGAAGGAGCGGAUAGCGUUCGGCGUGAAGAAGCGACGCUUACCCAACGAAGUGACGUCGUUUGCGCGCACCGACACACCUCCGCUGGGCACCUUCACCAAGUACACGUGGCAGAUUACCAACAUCCUGCACGUCAAGUCCAUCUUCGACGGAUCAUGCUGA